CUGUGACCCUUGUGAGGAUAAGUGGCUCAAGAAAUGGAUGGAUUAUUCUCCCGAUCAUCCUGUCAAUUAUUCAAAUUAGCACAAAUAAUUCACUUCACAUAAUGCCACAUCAGUUAAUCAUGUGCUGUUACCAUGGUAAUGGCAGACCUGCCAUUUUCUAUGUUGAAGCGGCUUCUAAUAGAGAUUUCAGUGGGGUUUUUUUUUGUUUCAUUUUGCUUUUUUGUCUCGACCCUUGUGAGGAUAAGCGGCUAAGAAACACAACUGGCUGGCAUCUAGUGUGGGGCGUCCCCCGCCUCUAGUCUACAUGUUGCAUUUUCUGAAUAUUUGUCCACAGGUGUGAGCGUGUUAGUCUUUGUUUAUAUGGGUCUAAUCCAAAGCGUGCACAGGCCUCUCGUCCAAAAGUGCCAUUUCCCCAUUUCGAGUGAAAUAAUCCACUAACGGUUUUGCAAGACAUCUCGUUAUUUUCCUCCUCACUUCCUCCGUGGUCAUCACCAGCCUCUCAGUGUUCAGCACGCGCGCGACAGACACUGGGCGGAAUCAGCCGACUAUUGGCUGGGACCCCUGACUUUUGAAGCCGAAGGAUGCCACUCGAGGUGAUGUGACGCGCUUGAGGUUUCGACGGGGGGUGGGGGGGGGGCGCGUUACGCCCCUUCCUUAAAACGGGCCGCACCUUUUCGAAGCGAGCAAAGAUGCCCACGGUAGGGACGGCGGGACGCCGACCGCUUCUCGGCUCGUCGUGAGGUCAGGGUUAGGGAGGAAGCCGCGAACGCGUGCAUCUCUACGAUUGCUCAACAGAACGAGCGGAGACUUGAAUGGAGGCUGUUGUGACCUUGGCGACUUCCGAACAGCAACGGAUCUCUGUGUAGUCAAACCCCGAUGGUGAUGUUUGGCAUCACGUUCGUCUGAUUUUAGAGGAUGGGAGCUAAGUGGGUCAAAUUCUUGGAGUGUAACCGUAGCAAAAAAAGUACACUUACCACAAUGAGGAAGUACCUUCUAGUCAGCUUUCUCUGUGUCUUACCGCUGGGACUUCUUAAUUUCUGGCUCAUAGGAUUCAGCUUUGACUCCAACCAUCGCGUACAUGUGACGAUUCUGAUGUGGCACCGACCCUUCAGCGUUACCGGUAACCUGAGCGAGGUGUGCGGGGACCGCCACCGCACCCUGUUCUGCACAAUCGUGGAGCAGAGGUCCUUGUUUCCCACCGCGGACGUGGUGGUGUUCCACAACUACGAAUUGGUCACAGGACGGGAGAAACUUCCUCUGAAUCUUCCCAGGCCAUCAGGCCAAAGGUGGGCUUGGAUGUCUAUGGAGUCCCCUCGUCACAACGGAGACCUGAGGAGAUUUGCAGGUGUCUUCAACUUGACCAUGAACUACAGGAGAGACGCAGAUAUCACCAUACCUUACGGAGAGCGGCUGGCGAAAGAGGCUGAGGAAGAAGAUCCCGUGCGGGACAUCGCACACAAUAAAAGCUUUCUGGUGUGUUGGGUGGUCAGCAACUACAGGAGUUCGUACAGAAGAAGCAAAGUGUACAAACAACUUAGCGCCAUAGUUCCUGUGAAGGUCUACGGGCGCUGGACAAGAACUCCCCUCAGCGCAGAAGAACUCUUGCCCACAAUCUCUCGCUGCUACUUCUACUUGGCCUUUGAGAACUCUGAGGCCAAAGAAUACAUCACGGAGAAGCUUUGGAAGAACGCUUACCAGUCGGGGGCAGUUCCCGUCGUCCUGGGCGCACCGGUGCAGGAUUACGAGGCCUUGGCUCCCCCUCAUUCUUUCAUCCACGUCGACCAAUUUCCGUCGGUAAAAGAACUGGCCGAGUACCUGAUGCUGGUGGCGGGAGACCAGAAGCGCUACAGUGAGUAUUUUCGUUGGAAGCAAAAGUGGAAAGUGAAGGUUAGCAAUAACUGGAAGGAGAGACUGUGUAAACUCUGCUCCCACUACGAACAUUUGCCUCUCAACAAGGUUUACACUGAUCUGGAAGCAUGGAAUCAUGCUACUGGCGUGAUGUAAGCCUCAUUCAUCCAUAAAUCCCACAAAAUUGAGCUGUCAUUUAUCUGCGUGUCAGUUCUACACAGAGUCCCACAAAAGGAGGAUAUUCACGCAAACGUGCACUUUUGCCUUAUUUCCCAUCACCUUUUCCACUGUAGUACUUGUUACUGUAGUAACUGUAGUUACUUGUAAUUGUUUUGCACAUAAAACUGUUCAACAAUGCAAAGGCAUUACAAAAAAUGCAUACUGUAUAUGUGUACAUACAAAACCAAUUCCGAAGAAGUUGGAACGUUGUGUUUGCAAAUCAUGUUCAUCGUAUAUUUAACCGAGUAAUGUCGGUAAAUACAGUUCGGCGCUACAUCUGCAAGUGCAGCUUGAAAUUAUGCAAAGAAAAAGCCAUUUAUCAGUAACACCCAGAAACGCUAAGGGCUUCUCUGGGCCCGAGCUCCUCUAAGGUGGACUGAUGCAAAGUGGAACAGCGUUCUGCGGUCAGUCGAGUCCACAUUUCACAUUAUCUUUGGAACUUGUGGAACAUCGUGUCCUCCGGGCCAAACAGGAAAAGAGCCAUCCAGACUGUUAUGGACGUAAAGUUCAAAAGAGCGCAUCUGUGAUGGUAUGGGGCUGUGUUAGCGCCGAUGGCAUGGGUAACUUACACAUCUGGGAAGGCACCGUUAAUGCUGAACGGUAUGUACAGGCUUUGGAGAAACAUAUGCUGCCAUCCAAGCAAUGUCUUUUUCUUGGAUGCCCCUGCUUAUUUCAGCAAGACAACCCCAAACCAUUAGAGGGACAGCCAAAGUUGGGUGUUUUUGAGGGAGGACAUGAAGACUGUGGGCGUUAGAAAGGAAGAUGCACGAGAUGGGCUGAGAUGGAAAAAGAUGAACCCUGAAAGGAAAAGAAGAAAGAACCCCAAACCACAUUCUGCACGUGGUACAACAGUGUGGCUUCAUAGAAAAAGACUGUGGAUACUAGACUCGCCUGCCUCACAAUCCAGACCUGUUUCCCAUUGAAAAUGUGUGGCACAUUAUGAAGCAUAAAAUACGACAAGGGAGACCCCAGAUUGUUGAACAGUUGAAGCUGCACAUGAAGCAAGAAUGGGAACUAAUUCCACCUACAAAGCUUCAGCAAUUAGUGUCCUCAGUUAGCAAAGUUUAUUGAAUGUUUCUAAAAGAAAAGGUGAUGUAACUGGUAAACAUCACCCUUUUUUGGAACAUGUUACAGCAAUAAGAUUCUAAUUUAAUGAUUAUUUGGCGAAAAUAAAGUUUAUCAGUUUGUAGUGUAUUCAAUUAAAUAUAGGUUGAACAUGAUUUGCUAAUCAUCGUGUUCCGUUUUUAAUUUAUGUUUAACACAACAUCCCAACUUCAUUGGACUUGGGUUUGUAUUUUUGUACUAACUUUGCUUCAACGCCUGAAAAAGGAUUCACACAAUGGCCAUAUUUUGAAUUAAAGCGAUUUCUUACUCUGUUACGUGGACAGGUAUUUUUUUUGGUUUGAAAUGUUACA